GUUUUAGUCAACUUUCACCCCGAGUACCAGGAAGAAUUCCUAUUGGUCCGUAAGUGCGCCAACUGCCAGAAUAGACGAGCGCCAUUGGUGGGCGCGCCCUGUCAGUCCCCGCGGGUCAACCCUCUCGUUGCUAAGGCGAAACUGGUGAUGAUGCUGCUGCUGGUGAUACUGCACCCACCGUAGAGAGUCUCUGCAAACCUGCUUUGGCAAAAGAUGCCGCGAAGAUCCAUAGAAAAAAGGACAGUGUAACGGAAAAAUGAGGUGAAGUUGUUUUCAACUGCAUGUUUAGACGUUUGAAGAGAUCGUUUGGGAUAUAUUUGUGAAGCCAUGCGUUAUCGGAAAGCUGGAUAAAACUUGCAGGUGUUUUCCGACAGGCGUCGCAGCGACGGGCUGCUGUUUUACCGUGGAGGAAACACAUUCUGGAUAAAUGCCUGGCUUAUUUGUUCAUAUAACUAGCAGUUUGUAUGGUAUUUGACCUCUCGAAGCUGAAUUGAGGAGUUGUUGAAGAUGACUGACAAAGUGGAAGACUGGGGCUUUGGAAAAAGUCCACCAAUUUUAAAUUAACGGAUCCUUGAUUUCAUAUUCACACUAAAACUAUAAAACACACGCUUUACUAUUUAUUACCAACAUCACAAGUUGGUAUGCACCUUGAAUAACUGUUUACAAGCAUGCCGCAUUAAACUUCCACACAGGCAUGAGUUAUUAGAGAUGCCAUGCUUAUUUAUUCAUCAUACUGUUCAAUGUUUAGUUAUUAAACAUGCUUGAUCAGCAUAAACCGACUGAAUCUGAUCCAACACAAGCCAUGUAUUCGAGAUUCUCUUCAAUUUGAUGUAUAAAUGGCCCUUUGGGGCAAAAAACUAUAACUGUUAAUGAUUAGAUUUAGAGAAAAAUGAAAGGCUUUAAUAUCACUGCGUCUUUAAUAGUUGUCAGGGUCGCUAUGCUUUUCCGAUUCAAAUAUGUCCGUGGGUUGUGUUAUUGACGAUGUGAUUGAGUGUUUCGUAGAUUUGUAGUUUAUAAAAAACACCAAAGGCCUUUAAGUAACGUUAGUCGAUGGUUGUGGGAAUAUUACAGCAGAAUAAUCCUUGCAUACGAAAUGAAGCCAACCCUGAACACAGUCAACCACUGGAGACCAGUCUAGACAUUUCUCAUCUAUGCCAAGGUGUACUCGAUCACAAUCCACUGUUACUAUCGGAUUAUGGAUUUAUUUCUCAUACGGUCGAUCAUCGGCGACUGUCAUGCGCUCAGCGCGUGCUGCUGUGUUUUCUUCUUCAAGAUGUUUCCACGCGUGUCUCUCUGUUUGACUUAAACGUCACGAGCUACGACCCGUUCAUCCUGCUUUUACAUCUAAACCAACAAACUGAACUGUAAACUACUGCUUUAGUUUCUCCAGGAUACUUACAGCAAAUGAGGGCGAAACUUCUGUGUUGUUUUAAUGCCUGGAAAUCCCCCAAGGACACAUAGGAGUAAUUAUGCCCUUAAGGAAAAGAGACACAGCCAGGGCAAUACGCCUUCUUGAGGACUAUUGCUCAAAACUGAAGAAACCAGAGGAACAACCGCUCAAAACUGCCAUCAUAAGAGUCAUGGGCAUCCUUAAAAGCAGUCUUUUCCAGGCUCUUGUAGAUAUCCAGGAGUUUUAUGAAGUGACCCUGCUGAACUCUCAGAAGAGCUGUGAGCAGAAGCUUGUGGAGGUUGUUCACAUGGCCGAGCAGUGGGAACACACUGCCACCAACUCCAACUCUCCCACCGGGGGUCUUCAGCCAACCUCCACACCACCAGAGCUGAGGGAGGAAGGCCACAUGGAGCUGACGUUGGAAGAACCAGCCGCCCAAAGCACCAAUGCCGAGAACAGGCAGGCAGCAGCUGUACAGGGCACCCAGCACCAAAACCACUCUCCAGGAUGUGCGAACCCAGCACUGAUGAACUCCCCCUGGUACCGAUAUCAGGAUGAUGAUUCCCCUACUCCAGAACAUGGUUUCCCUAGGCUUACCAAUGACGUUCGGGCACCAGAACUCGUGCACGUUUCGGAGAAGAACCUUUCUGAGAUUGAGAAUGUGCACGGCUACGUUUCUCACUCUCACAUUUCACCGCUUAAGCCUGCGUUGGUUACCCGGUUUGAUCUAACAUACCCAGGGGUGACCGCGGCAAACUACCUGGCAAGCCCUGCUCCAAUUAUUGUCAACACGGACACUUUGGAAUCUGUACCUUACGUAAAUGGGACGGAAAUUGAAUAUGAGUUUGAAGAGAUUACAUUAGAACGGGGUAAUUCUGGAUUGGGGUUCAGUAUAGCAGGUGGAACAGAUAACCCUCACAUUGGUGAUGAUCCUGGGAUCUUCAUUACGAAAAUCAUCCCAGGUGGAGCAGCGGCAGAAGACGGCAGGCUCAGAGUGAACGACUGCAUUUUGCGUGUGAAUGACGCAGAUGUCUCAGAGGUGUCUCACAGUAAGGCGGUCGAGGCACUGAAAGCGGCUGGAUCGAUCGUGCGACUCUAUGUGCGCAGGAGGAGACCGAUGCUGGAGACCAUCACUGAAAUCAAACUUAUUAAAGGACCAAAAGGGCUUGGCUUCAGUAUUGCCGGUGGUGUGGGCAACCAGCACAUCCCUGGAGAUAACAGCAUCUAUGUGACUAAAAUCAUCGAUGGGGGUGCAGCGCAGAAGGAUUGCAGAUUACAGGUUGGAGACAGGCUGCUCAUGGUGAAUAACUACACUCUAGAAGAGGUGACCCAUGAAGAAGCGGUGGCCAUACUGAAGAACACAGCAGAUGUGGUGUAUCUGAAAGUUGGGAAACCCACUAGUGUCUAUCUGUCAGACCCCUAUGGACCACCCGAUAUCACACACUCAUUCUCACCCGCAAUGGAAAAUCAUAUCUCUUCCCCCGGUAAUAACGGCACUCUGGAAUAUAAGUCCAGUCUUCCGCCCAUCUCCCCCGGCCGAUAUUCCCCCCUGCCCAAGCAUUUGCUGGGGGAAGAGGACAUAAACAGGUUGGAUGGUUUUUCCUUCCUACGAAAUCCUUCAUUAGAUGAGAUGGAAGGUCACAGGUUUGAUUCCCAGCACUUCCAAUUAAGGCCGCCAGAGCCAGUUUACAGCACUGUGAACAAACUGAGUGACCGAGCCCCCUCUCCCCGUCUCUACUCCCCUGUGGAGUUUGAUAAAAGCCCCAUGCACUCACUCCCUCACUUCCCUCACUAUCACGUAGGCCUGCUCCCCGACUCCGAGAUCACCAGGGAGCCCAGGAAGAUUGUCCUGCACAAAGGGUCAACCGGAUUGGGCUUCAACAUCGUAGGAGGAGAAGAUGGAGAAGGCAUUUUUGUGUCCUUUAUACUCGCAGGAGGGCCUGCAGACCUCAGCGGAGAGCUGCGGAGAGGAGAUCAGAUCCUGUCUGUCAAUGGCAUCGAUCUGCGAGGUGCCACUCACGAACAAGCAGCAGCUGCACUGAAAGGGGCGGGACAGACUGUAACCAUCUUCGCCCAGUACCGACCGGAGGAACUUGCCCUGUGCUCCCCACGCCGGGCCCCGCCUCCAUCUGCAGAGUACGGGCGUUUCGAGGCCAAAAUUCAUGACUUACGAGAGCAGAUGAUGAACCACAGCAUGAGCUCCGGAUCCGGGUCCCUAAGAACCAAUCAGAAACGUUCCCUCUAUGUCAGGGCGUUGUUUGACUACGAGAGGGCGAAGGACAGCGGUCUUCCCAGCCAGGGUCUGAGUUUCCGAUAUGGAGAUAUCCUUCACGUCAUCAAUGCCUCUGAUGACGAAUGGUGGCAGGCCAGGAGAGUGACUGCUGAAGGAGAUAGUGAGGAGAUGGGUGUCAUUCCCAGCAAGAGGAGGGUUGAGCGAAAAGAACGAGCUCGUCUAAAGACAGUCAAAUUCAACGCAAAGCCCGGUAGCCUUGACUCUAAAGGGUCAUUCAGUGAAAAGCGUAGAAAGAACUUCAUCUUUUCACGCAAGUUCCCUUUCUACAAGAACAAGGAUGCCGACGAACAAGACGAGAGCGACUCGGAACGAAGUCAAGAGGAAGUCAUCCUCUCAUACGAACCCGUCAUUAGACAAGAAAUUAAUUACGCCAGGCCGGUUAUAAUCCUGGGACCCAUGAAGGACAGAAUCAACGAUGACCUCAUCUCCGAGUUCCCAGACAAGUUUGGCUCGUGCGUUCCACAUACUACCAGACAAAAGCGGGAUUACGAAGUGGACGGGAGAGAUUAUCACUUUGUGGGCUCAAGAGAGCAGAUGGAGAAAGACAUCCAAGAGCACAAGUUCAUCGAAGCCGGACAGUACAACGAUAACCUGUAUGGAACCAGCGUCCAGUCUGUGAAAUACGUAGCUGAGAGGGGAAAGCACUGCAUACUUGACGUGUCUGGGAAUGCCAUAAAACGGCUACAAGUAGCACAUCUCUACCCCAUUGCUAUCUUCAUCAAGCCUAGAUCCAUUGAGACUUUAAUGGAGAUGAAUAAAAGGUUGACAGAAGAGCAGGGCAAAAAGACAUACGACCGCGCCAUGAAACUGGAACAGGAGUUUGCCGAGUACUUCACAGCACUGGUUCAAGGGGACACACUAGAGGACAUUUAUAACCAGUGUAAGAUGGUGAUAGAGGAACAGUCUGGACCUUACAUCUGGAUUCCCUCGAAAGAAAAACUAUAAAAAUCCUCUCUGCCCCGGCAGAGACCUUGGACUGCAAAAAACAACAUAGGAAGAAUUUGUAACAAUAUAAAUUAUUAUUAUUAUUAUUAUGGCGAUGUUUAUUGUUAAAGUUUGUUUGUUUGUUUGUUUAUGUUGCUUUUUUAAUUUCAAUAUGAAUGUUCCUGAAUGUACACCACAAAGUGUUAGAAGCAUUUUUGGUCUUAACUAAAAACAUUUUUUUUUUUUGUAUAUUUAUUGGUUAGCAUUUUAAUUAAGCAAAUUAGCACUGAGUGUAUGUUAAACAAUCUUCGGUUGGGAUCGUGAAUGAGUUAACUGUCACUACUUAAACAAAAUGGCUUUCAUCAUUUCCACCCGGUCGGUUCAUUUUUACCUUAGGAUUCCCAGUUCAACUCGGCAUCUAUGCACUCCUGCUUAUUGUGUUAUAUUUUUGUAUUAUUUUUUGUACAGACAUUUGUUUUAUUUAAGUAUGUUUCUUUUGAAAUUGAAUCUAGUGGUAGUUUCUAAUGGACAUUUUCUUGUGAUUAUAAGAUGAUUCAGAAUAAAUGGCUAAAGGGAUUCAAGUAGCUAUACGAAAAACGACACUAUAUUUUGCUAUUUAUAUUGAUAGAGGACACAACAGCACAGAAAUAUUUAUAAAGAUGAUAUAUAACUUUGUCUAAAACGAAUCAUUUUGGAAUUCAAAUUAAGAUUUUACUGUUGUGUCAUAUAUUGUGUUUUUGUCGCUGUUGUGUUUGGUGAGGUACGAACAAGAUACGGCGGUGAGCUUCACAAGGUUGAGUGCUUCUUCCCAUACGAGCUUUCCCAAAACCUAAGGAUUUUAUGUUUGGCUGCAUAUUCAGUGCUUAAAAUUGAUUUUUUUUACUACUGUUAAGUCUCAGAGACAGAAACACUUGUACUUCGCUGUCUCCCUCGAGACCUCCUGAAGUGUUUACAGUACCUCAACUACAGUUCAAAACAAAAAUGAGGAACAUUUGGUCUGCAAAAUAGUCAAAAGCUGUAGUAGCUACAUGUAGUAUAGAAAUUAAUUUCUUAUUUCUUUAAUUUUGGCAUGCUUGUGAAAAUGAUCCUGCCCUUAUGUUUACAGUGCAAACACCUGUAAUAGGCUUUAUGCCCAGCUGCACUACUUCCUGAAUUUCAGCCAGCUCCUUGUUUCCUGUCUGCCAUUAUUGGACAAACUGAUUAAUCCAGGUGUGUCUUGUUAUUGUUGUUGUGACUACUGAGGUCAGGCACACCUGGAUUAAUCAGUUUGUCCAAUAAUGGCAGACAGGAAACAAGGAGCUGGCUGAAGUGCAGCUGGCCAUAAAGCCUAUUCACGUCUUUUUCAUGUACAGUUGAGAGACACGGCUGUCCUCCUGCAUAAAUAGCAAAGCGCAAUUUGUGGAAACUACAAAUGCCGAAAGCCAUUAACUCGGAUCAUACAAAAUGUGUUUGUGUGGGGGGGGGGGGGGUAUUUGUUGCAAUAUUUAUGGGGAAAUGUUACGGCGCGGUUGGCAAGAGUCUUUUGACCUACUGGUCACCACUUGCCUUAAAAAGGGAAGAGACUUUUAUGGCCAGAUAGACAUUUUUUACGCUUUCUUGAAGACUGAGCACUUUUGUACAUUUGAGAAAUUAUUCACAGAUGUGUUUAACCCCAUGGUUAACACAGAAGAGAGAGGAACUGGAUAUCACAGUGAGCUCUUCAUGAUAUAAUGUAGAUUUUUUUUUAUUAACUAUAGAUGAUGUAUAUGUUAUUAUGACUAUGUAAACAAUGACAUAAUGACUAUAAGAAUAUAAUCAUAAAUUGAACAUUUUAAAUGCUGUGAAUUUAUGUUUGUCUUAACACAUGUAGACAUUUUCUUUUUUUUUUUUUGCUUGGAUGUGAUUGUUUUAUCAUCUGUAGCAUAUCAUUUUAUUAACUUUAGUUGCACAUGAUAGAUCAUGAACGCAUCUCUAUUGGUGCCCUUCAAUUGAAAUCUAUAUUAUUAUUAUUAUUAUUAUUAGGUAAUCCGUAAAUCCCACCGCAAAGAGUGCCCAAUAACAGAUGCAGCAGCUUUAACAAAACGAAAAUUUAAACCCUGCAGAUUGUAUGCACUUAAAAGAGGCUUCUGGUGCUCAUAUAGUGUGAUUUAGUCCAUUAAUUCCAAGUGAAUGUUCAGCUUUAGUCAAACGUAGCUGAAUUGGGUUGUUUUUGUCUCAGGGUUGCCAGAUAGGGCUUUAUCACUGAUAUGAAACCUUUCAAACGAAGCGCAUCAAAUUUAAAAUGUUUUAUUCUUUACAACUGCAUUGCAUUUAAACUUUUCCUUUGUUUAGGAGUAUGUGUGUCUGUUUUGUGAUCUGUUCCCCAAAAUGAGGAUGCAAAUGUUAUUUAUUUAUUUUUAAACGAAUCCCGGAUGACGACGUGCAAUUUUGUAUAUAAAUGUCUGUUUGCACUUACUGUAUAGGAGGAGAUCUUUAAUGAACACUGUCCCCAAACUUCUCUGUUUUUUUCUAUUUACGUCACAGGAAAUUAAAGUUAAAUUAUUAAACACUCA